CCUCAAGAGGAUCAAGUUUGAUCAAAAUUUUUGAAUUUUCCGACGAAAGCUGUGAACUUUAUCUCGAUUCAAAACACAUAAGAGAAAUGGGCAAUAAAAUUGUGAUGUUUUGGUAGGGAGUGGGGGUGGGGUUUUGGCACAGAAACAGAAGAUGCCGGUUUCAACAAGAUCUCGCACAGUGACAAGCAGCCGACAUCAUCAAAAUGACCCAACAACCGGACCCAAACUGGAAAACCAGGAAGAGAGCCAAAUGUGUUGUAAGAUGAUGAGAAAUCCACACCACGGGUUGAAGGAGAAGAUGAAGGAACUAACCCUUUUGUAUGAGCAGCAAAAGCAAGCCUCUAUGAAGAACCGAAUUUUGAGGGUUGAAGAGCCUCCUAGCCUGGAUAUCGUGGGUUCAUCGAAUUCAGUCCCUAAUUCUACUGUUACAAGGACUUACGUGCCCCCGCAGGAGAAUGUGGGUGUGGAGGCCGGCGGUGGCGAGAGGAUUGUGGGGUUUUCUUGGCCGAGAAGGGCGAAUAGAGGGGGGGCUACUAGUGAGAAUGUACAAGAAAGUGAAAGCAAUGGGGGUGAGGCAAGUAGUAGUAGUAGUAGUUGUAGGAUUCUUGUUUUUGUGAGGCUAAGGCCAUUGGCCAAGAAGGAAAUGGACGGCUGUGUGAGAAUUGCUAAUGGAAAAGAUGUUUAUCUCACUGAACCUGCUACUGAAAAUGAUUAUCUUGGAUUAAAGAGGCUUCGAGAUCGCCAUUUUACCUUUGAUGCCUCAUUUCCUGAUUCUGCUUCUCAGCAACAAGUCUAUUCCACAACAACAGCAGAGCUUGUGGAAGCGGUUCUGCAGGGUAGAAAUGGGUCUGUCUUCUGCUAUGGAGCAACCGGAGCUGGAAAGACGUACACUAUGCUUGGUACAGUUGAGAAUCCCGGGGUAAUGGUCUUGGCAAUCAAGGAUCUGUUUAACAAGAUAGGGGAAAGGAGCUUUGAUGGAAAUCAUGUAGUCCAUCUUUCCUAUCUGGAGAUCUACAAUGAAACUGUCCGAGAUUUAUUAUCCCCGGGGAGGUCUUUGGUCCUUCGAGAAGAUAAACAGGGGAUUGUGGCUCAAGGUCUUACUCAGUACAGAGCAUAUUCUGCAGAUGAAGUAAUGGCAUUGCUUCAACAAGGAAAUCUUAACAGAACCACAGAACCAACUCGUGUUAAUGAAACUUCCUCACGUUCUCAUGCAAUUCUGCAGGUCGUGGUUGAAUAUCGUUUCAAAGAUGAUUUGAAUAACAUUGUAUACCGCAUGGGAAAGCUAUCACUUAUCGAUCUUGCUGGCUCUGAGAGAGCGCUUGCUACUGAUCCAAGAACGCUAAGAUCUCUCGAGGGUGCCAACAUAAAUAGGUCACUCCUCGCUCUCAGCAGCUGCAUCAGCGCACUCGUUGAGGGGAAAAAACACAUACCAUUUCGGAAUUCCAAACUUACCCAAUUGCUCAAGGACUCCCUUGGUGGAGCUUGUAAUACUGUGAUGAUUGCUAACAUCAGCCCGAGCAGUCACGCUUUUGGUGAAACACAACACACGCUUCACUGGGCUGAUCGUGCUAAGGAGAUCCGGACAAAGGCUUAUUACACACAUGAUAAAAUGCUGAUUCCUGAUUCUGAAAUAGAUCAGGCCAAGUUAUUGCUCGAGUUACAGAAAGAGAAUCGUGAAUUGAGAAUGCAGUUGGCUCGUCAGCAGCAACAGCUACUAAGUAAUCAAGCGCAAAACUUAGCCCCAAAUGCAUCACCCACCGCAUCUACUGUUACCUCUCAAUUAUCCCCUUCACCGUCUCCAGCUCAUCCAAACGAGAAAAGAAAAGCAAGACCCUCGCUUUUGGGUGCUAAUUGCUUCACCCCAGAAUCCCAGAAAAAGGGAGCAGAUGAGACGGUUAAGGAGCUCAGGAAGGUUGUGAGUGAACUGGAGGCUGAAAUCGAGAGAAUGAAAAUGGACCAUGCAUUGCAGAUAAAGCAGAAGGAUGAUUUCAUACACGAGCUUUCCAGGAAAAGCCAAAAACCGGCCAGGGUAGGUGGAGACUCAAUGAAAAGGGUCAUUACAAGGGUGAAUAUACAGGCAGAGCCAGAGGAGGCAUGCGAGGAUGAGUUAAAGACUCAAAGUCAUCGUUUUCUAUCCCCAGUUGCCACAGCAAAAAAACGUACUUUCUGGGACAUAGCAAUGCCAAGUAACCCAUCACUCGUCACUCUAACUUCACGACAGACCAGAAACCAUGUCAAUACAGAAACCGUAGUGACUGCAUCCAAGCUUCUCCAGCCAGGAUUCGCUCGCCAAAGACCCUGAAAUUUGUAAAGCAGUUAAAGAAUGAAGAAUUAAGAGCUAAAAAUGGAUGCAAGUGAUCCAAAGGGGGGAAACGCCAUAUCAGCUUCGGGGUAAUCUUCCUUCCUGCAACGUAUAUUCUUUCAAGUAGAUUGUUCUAUGCAAAUGAUAUAAUCAAUCUAGUUCCCCUACCAAAAACAAGGGGAAAACUAAGCAGAUUCUAUUUAUUUAGCUAUACACAUGAACUUUCUGAUAGUUUCAUAUAAAAUCUGUAUUAAUUAUUUCAUUGUUAUCUCUUCAGUAAUGCAGCAGAAGCAUUCUAAAUUCUGUUC